AUGCUGGGGACCCGGAAGGUGCAGAAACGGAAGUCCAAGCUUCGAGCAGGGGAGAUCAGGAGAAGGAAGAGGGACUUUCUUGCUCGUAUAGACUACUGGAACUUGGUCACGGUGGCUAUUUUACCGUUGGCCACCAUAGUCUACUUGGUGUACAAUGGUUUGCCCCUUAUUCCCCACAACCAGACCACCACAUGGUGCGGACUCGUCUAUUUCAAUUUAACCAUGUUGAGCUUUACUUGUGGCUACCACAAGUAUUUUGCCCAUAAGCUGUUCUCGACUUCGUCGGCAUUGGCCACAUUCAUGGUGAUGGUGGGGUCGCUGAUCGGUGUCGGGAGCGUGAGGUGGUGGGCAGCAAUGCACCGUGCCCAUCAUCACCACGUGGACGAUGUGGAAAAAGACCCUUAUAGUGUCAAACGUGGGCUUCUUUGGGCUCAUUGGGGAUGGCUCUUACGCAAACCCAAAAGAGGGUUCCUCCAAGAGUACAUUGAGCACGAAUUCCCUUUAGUGGCUAAUGAAAGUGACGACGGAGACGUGGCAAUGAUAGAGCUUGCCAACAAUGCUAGCAGAAGGUACUUGUUAUGGUUCGCCGUCUUUGGCUUAAUUGUGCCAACGAUGAUGACGAUGUUCUUCAGUGGCGACCUGUGGAUGAAUUCUCUUAUUUAUGUGGGACUUCUACGGAUGGUAGUAUGUCAACAAGCAAUACUACUUACCGAAAGUGUGUGCCACAGCAAGAGUCUCCACUUCCUGAUCCCCAGUCAGCCUUUCACAGAUAAGAACCUGAGCGUAAAUGCUAAUAAUCCUCUUAUGAGUUUGUUGACUUACGGUCAAGCUCAUCAGAAUUUUCACCAUGAAUUCCCCCAUGAUUAUCGCUCGACCCUGAGCACUUUGGCGUACGACCCUACUAAGUGGUGUCUUUUUAUGCUUCUGAAGUUUGGCCUUGUGUGGGAUUUGUGUCGAACUCCUGAGAACUUAAUUAUGCAGCUUCGUAUACAGCAGCAACAGAAAAUCAUCAACCGCAUGAAACUGCAAUUGAAUUGGGGCACUCCCAUCUCGAAGUUACCUAUUGUCACUCCACAAGACUUCAAGAGAAUUUGCGACGAACUGGUCGACAAGGAAAGAAUUUAUAUUGUCAUCCAAAAUAUCAUUCACGACAUUACGCCGUUCAUGGAUCAGCAUCCAGGAGGGGUACCUUUGUUGAAGGCACUGCAUGGGAAGGACGCUACCAAAGCAUUUUAUGGUGGGGUUUAUGGACACCUGGCGGCAGCUACCAACCUUUUGGCAACAAUGAGAAUCGGUGUUUUGUCAACAGGAAAUGAAGAAGAUGUAUGGCGCCGGGUAGCCGAGGAGACCGUGGUAGAAGAGAGGGCUCUGCGUGCUUAUCAACUGGCGGAGGCAGCGUAG